CCGCGGGCCCGCUGCCCACGGCUGAGCCCGCGGGGCCGGCGACCUGGGGCCCGGGAAAUGGGCGAAGGGUGAGGCGCCGCGGCCCUGGCAUCGUUUGCCGGGCUCGGCCUGCCCGGUGGGUGCGAAAGGCGCUUGCAUCACCGAUGGUAAUGACAGUUGGCCGCGCCGGGCAGUGCCUUUCUGUUUUAAUGCUCGGGAAUAUCGAGAGGAUGCAGCCGAGAUCGGAGUGCAAAAGGCCAGUGCUGGUCCUCCAAAAUGAAGCGCUGUACCCACAGCGGCGCCCCUACACCAGCGAGGAUGAGGCCUGGAAGUCAUUCCUGGAAAACCCGCUCACCGCUGCCACCAAAGCCAUGAUGAGCAUCAAUGGGGACGAGGACAGCGCAGCAGCGCUGGGGCUGCUCUACGACUACUACAAGGUCCCUCGAGAGAGGAGGUCGUCAACAGCAAAGCCAGAGGUCGAGCACCCUGAGCCCGAUCACAGCAAAAGAAACAAUCUCCCCAACGUGGCAGAGCAGUCCCUCAUUUCCGCCGGGGAAAACAGAGUGCAGGUCCUGAAGAACGUGCCCUUUAACAUCGUCCUCCCCCACAGCAACCCGCUGGGCGCCGAGAAGCGCGGCCACCUGCCCGCUCCCGACACCACCGUCACCGUCUCCAUAGCGACCAUGCCCACCCACUCCAUCAAGACGGAGCUCCCGCCGCACGGCUUCUCGGUGGGGCUGCCCCCGGCCGUGUACCACCCCGAGCCGGCCGAGCGGGUAGUGGUCUUCGACCGGAACCUCAACGGGGAGCAGUUCGGCUCCGGGGCUCACCCCCCCAACGCCCAGCGGCGCACCCCGGACUCCACCUUCUCCGAGCCCUUCAAGGAGGGUGUGCAGGAGGUUUUCUUCCCCUCGGAUCUCAGCCUGCGGAUGCCUGGCAUGAACUCAGAGGACUAUGUGUUUGACAGUGUUGCUGGGAACAACUUUGAGUAUACCCUCGAAGCUUCCAAAUCGUUGCGGCAGAAGCCAGGGGACAGCACCAUGACGUACCUGAACAAAGGCCAGUUCUACCCUGUCACCCUGAAGGAGGUGAGCAGCACUGAAGGCGUCCACCACCCCAUCAGCAAAGUUCGUAGUGUGAUCAUGGUGGUUUUCGCUGAGGACAAGAGCAGGGAGGAUCAGCUGAGGCACUGGAAGUACUGGCACUCACGGCAGCACACCGCAAAACAAAGGUGCAUUGACAUCGCUGACUACAAGGAGAGCUUCAACACCAUCGGCAACAUAGAGGAAAUUGCCUACAACGCCAUCUCCUUCACCUGGGACAUCAAUGAUGAGGCCAAGGUCUUCAUCUCUGUGAACUGCCUGAGCACCGACUUCUCCUCGCAAAAGGGCGUCAAGGGGCUGCCGCUCAACAUCCAGAUUGAUACCUACAGCUACAACAACCGCAGCAACAAGCCAGUGCACCGCGCCUGCUGCCAGAUCAAGGUCUUCUGUGACAAGGGAGCCGAAAGGAAAAUCAGGGAUGAGGAGCGAAAGCAAAGCAAGAGAAAAGUUUCUGACGUGAAAGUGCCGCUGCUUCCGUCACACAAGCGCAUGGACGUCACCGUCUUCAAGCCUUUCCUUGACCUCGACACGCAGCCAGUGCUCUUCAUUCCCGACGUGCACUUCGCCAACCUGCAGCGGGGUGUGCAUGUUCUUUCCAUUGCCUCUGAAGAAUUAGAGGGUGAAGGAUCCACCCUGAAACGGGGACCCUAUGGGACAGAAGAUGAGUUUGCCGCCCCGACUUCUGCCAAGCUGACCCGGAUAGAAGAACCAAAGAGAGUGCUGCUGUAUGUGCGGAAGGAGGCGGAGGAAGUCUUUGAUGCCCUGAUGCUCAGAACCCCGUCCCUGAAGGGCUUGACCGAGGCUAUCUCAGACAAGUAUGACAUCCCUCAUGACAAGAUUGGGAAAAUAUUCAAGAAGUGCAAAAAAGGCAUCCUGGUGAACAUGGACGACAAUAUCGUGAAGCAUUACUCCAACGAGGACACCUUCCAGCUGCAGAUGGAGGAGGCUGGGGGGUCGUACAAGCUCACGCUCACGGAGAUCUAGGGCCCGGCCUGCAGCCCCGGGUUCAGAGCCAGUGUCCUGCGAUGUCACUGCCGGGCACCUGCCCUGCCGACCCAGGUGACACAAGGGAGGGGACUCCUUCCUUCCGCCUAGAAACAGGCUUUGAACCAGUGAGGGCCAUUUGCAGAGGACAGAGGAACACAUGUAGUAUCGAUACAGAUGGGCCCUCCAGGGUACUGCGUGCUGGUCGUGGGUGGGGCUGUGGGCCCCAUGGGGACCUCGCCUGGCUCUGAGGGUCAAGGCACAGCUCCCCUACCCCCACUUUGUGUUUAUUCCAUGGGGUGCCAGUCUGCAGCCUUCUCGUGAACUCGCUGGGCCGCAGCGUAGACCACAUGUGCAGGUGCAUUGUAAAUAGGUACAGUAGUGACGUGAAAGUCCGUGUGUAAAUGUGUACAUAGAGGCUUAUAGAGAUAUCUAAUAUAUACCCGCGGGCCACGUACAACAGCGAGGGUUCGCAGCAAUCGUCCGGGAGACUCCCACCUGUGGGAACUGGGUGCCCCAGAGCAAGCCCUGGCCCAGUGACCAGGCCCUGCCUGCAGGUGCACGUGAAGGGCAGGCAUCCGCGCCCACCAGGUCUGUCCCAUGUAGAGCAAGCAGCAGUACAGCUCAUGCCGGAAAUGACUGUGAGCCUGGCCAAGGAACUCAGAAUGGACCUCCUCCUCCUCUCUCCUUCCUGUUCUAAGAAGUGGUUCGAGCCUAAAUCCCAGCACUCGUAGGCUAGGGCAGGAGAAUCCCUGGGAGCAUUAGGCCAGUCUGGGCUACAUAGCCAGAUCCUGUCUCAAAAAACCAAAACAAAAAAAGAAAGAAAUGAUUUUUAUCAUGUUUCAGAGCCUUUGAAGUUUGAUUAUGUGGAAGGUCUACAGUUCUAGAAAGCAUUUGUGAAUUUCUGAAACUGUGUCACUGUGCCAGGGCAAUGUUUUGUACACAUGUUUAAAUAUAUAAAAAUCCUUCAAAUGUAAUUUUAUAAUAGAAACACUAAGGAAAUAAAAUCACGGGUAUCUAGGUUCAGGGAGCAGCUAGAAUAGGUCAUUCGUCUUAAGUAGCAUUGAUGGUUGCAUUUUUAGAUUAAAAUAUUCUAAUGAAAUAUGUGAACUAAAUCGCCAGCUUUCUAAGGUAUCUUGGGACAUGGGUCAUAUAAUAAUAUUUUAUAUUUUGUUUUAUGAAAUUGAUUUUGUCUUGUUUUUAAUUGUAUCAUUGAAGAUGUGUUUUAAACCAAAGGGAUUAAAUUUUAUAUGUCUAUU